GGAACGGAGGGCGUGGCUAACUGGCUAUCAAGAAAAACAAAAUGGCGUCUCAGGUGCCAAACGUUGUAAGGGGAUCAGCAAAGCCUUUCCUGUCAUCUUCAUUCCCAGAAGCAAAAAGAAGAGUGUUUAAUUUGUAUAGGGCGUGGUACAGAGAGGUUCCAAGGACAAUAGAGACGUACUGUCUUGAUAUAUCAGCAAAGCAGGGACGAAACAAGCUAAGAGAACAGUUCACAAAGAAUUCUUACAUCAGAGACCCCAGGAUAAUGGAUCUACUAGUUAUUAAAGGUACGAUGGAGUUAGAAGAGACUGUAAAUAUGUGGAAGCAAAAGACCCACAUACUGAGAUACUUUAAGCAAACGGAGAGACCACGUCCGACCGACUUCCUCUCAAGAUUCUUAGAGGGACACAAGUGAGAAGAAACUAUUAGCAGCAACGUCAUAAUGAUAAAUAUGUACUAGCAAAAUUAAUUAUUAAUUAUACUUAUUGUUAUUAUCUUUAUUACUGUCAAGUAAAAUUAUUUAUAGAUACUGUAGUGUGUAAAUGGAA